UCAUUCUUGGAAGUUUUUAUUCUUAAUUUAAGUUACAAGUAACUAACUAUUACAUUCAAAACUUAAACUUAUUGACUAAAAACUUAAAAAAUCAAAGAAACUUUUGAAUCUUUACCGUUGGGGCCAUCUAUUUAUCGGUUAUCGGUUAUCGGCCAAGUUCGAAAAUUCGAACUCGAGCAGCUGAUAGCCCCUUCAGCCCCACUUUGGAGGCAUAUUUCGUUUAGUUGAUCCGCAGAAGUCCAUUGGAGAUCAUUAAAAAUGGUGAAAAUAUGGUUUAUGGACAAUGAAGAGACAGACCAGCGUCUGGAGCACCACCGCAAUCCACCACAAUACCUGGAGCUGGCCGAUCUCUACCGGAAAACCGGCGUGGAAUACUUCAAAAUCAACGCGGACGAAUACCAGAGUGAUAAGAUUCUUUCGGAGCUGCGGGCCAAACGGGGUUAUACCUACGAUGAUGAGAUAACUUGCUCGGAAAAGUGCCUGCCGGACUAUGCCAACAAGCUGAAGGCGUUUUUCACGGAACACUUGCACACCGAUGAAGAAAUUCGCCUUAUCUUGGAAGGAACUGGAUACUUUGAUGUGCGCGAUGACGAAGAAAAUUGGCUGCGCAUCGAGGUCAUUAAGGGAGACCUGAUUAUCAUUCCUGCUGGUAUCUACCAUCGUUUCAGCCUGGAUAUGAAUAACUUUAUCCGCACUCGUCGUUACUUUGUCGGGGAGCCGGUCUGGACCGCCCACAAUCGCCCCGCCGAUGAAAUGGAUUGCCGCAAAUCUUAUGUCAAACACCAGUCUGAACACUUUGUGCAAUUUAACAAGGCUUAAAUCUUUUAAUUUUUGAUUUUUUUAACCAAUAUGUUUUAUUUGAAUUUAAUGUUUUAUAAUCUAAAUAAAAAUUAGCUAAUUAUAUUAUCAAACAUUAAAAUAUAAGUCUGUUGUUGUUUAUUUAUGACUAUAUAAACUAAAAAUAAUAUAAAAUAAAAGUAAUUUAAUAAAUAAAUGUAAUUUUAAAUAUCUAACCGGUUCAUACCCGUUUCACGAAUAAUAGGGGAAGUAGUGUGCCCAGUGGGUAUCAGAAUUCGGAGUUCAUCAUACGGAAUUCGGAGUAGUGCUGUCAGAUUGGGAUUUUCUUCAAAGAUUUAAUGUUUUUUUAAGGGUUUUGGCCCAUUUUUAGAGAUAAUAAUUAUUAGGGUACGAUUUACACUGCGCUUUUGAUUUUAAGGGGGCUAGCUUUUUAGCGGGUUUUUAGGCCUAGCCGAUACGAUUUUUGGUAUGAAAUGCCAAUUGGUAUCUGGCCACACUGAUUCGAAGAUAGGUAUUCCGAUAACACUCACAACAAAAGAAGAAGAACAAAAGAGACGCGGAAAAACGGACGUGCACGGAAAGAAGCGGAGAUAACUAAAAACAAAUGAAUUAAUAAAAUCGAGAUCCGUGUGAAAUAAAUUCGAAUGAACGUCCAAGUAUCGAUUGAGGACAGUUUCGUUUUAUUUUGUUUCUUCUCGCGCGUUAUCGGUGUAGUCCUGUGAAUUUCUGACUACUUCCUGGAUUCGAAACUCGAAAGCCGUUAAUCUCGCGUUAUCUCUAUAUUUAAAGCCGACAU